AUGGCCCUGGCCAACUUCACACCAGCCCCGGAAUUCCUCCUCCUGGGCCUGGUGGAUGGAACUGACACCCACCCCCUGCUCUUCCUGCUCUUCCUUGGUGUCUUCCUGCUCAAUGCGCUGGGCAACCUGACCAUGGUGGUGGUGGUGAGAUCGGAUGGGGCCCUCCGCUCCCCUAUGUACUAUUUCUUGGGUCACCUAAGCCUUGUGGAUGUCUGCUUUACUACUGUCACAGUCCCCAGACUGUUGGCCGGCCUGCUCCACCCAGGCCAGGCCGUGUCCUUCCAGGAAUGCUUUGCCCAGAUGUACUUCUUCGUGGCUCUGGGCAUCACCGAGAGCUACCUGCUGGCAGCCAUGUCAUAUGACCGCGCGGUGGCUGUCUGCCGCCCCUUGCACUACCGGGUGGUCAUGACGCCCUGGCGCUGCACAGCGCUGGUGGCAGCGUCCUGGACAGUGGCCCACCUGCACUCACUGCUUCACACGCUGCUCAUCUCUGCUCUCUCGUACCCAUGCCCUGCCCCUGUGCGCCACUUCUUCUGUGACAUGACCGUGAUGCUGAGCUUGGCGACCUCGGACACGGCGGCCGCGGAAACUGCCAUCUUCUCCGAGGGCCUGGCCGUGGUGCUCACCCCGCUGCUCCUCGUGUCGCUCUCCUAUGCUCGCAUCCUCGUUGCGGUGCUGGGAGUGCGGUCAGCGGGGGGCCGGCGCCGUGCCUUCUCCACCUGUGGGGCCCACCUGGUGGUGGUGUCGCUCUUCUUUGACUCUGUCCUUUCUGUCUAUUUCCGGCCAUCAUCUGCCUACUCAGCCCGCUACGACCGCCUGGCCAGCGUGGUCUAUGCAGUGCUCACACCAACCUUGAACCCUUUCAUCUACAGCCUUCGCAACAAGGAGGUCAAGGGCGCCCUAAAAAGGGGACUCAGGUGGAGGGCUGUGUCCCAAGAGUUGUGA